AGCGCCCUCUGUUGGCAGAUUGAGUCGUACACAUGAUAUCAUGACGUCAUCAUUCUUUGUGUACGCUAGAGAGUACACAAGAAAAGAGAACCGGUGGCAUUUUAGAUUGAUCUUUGAAUUUCCAAAUUGAAAAUAAGAUCCAAGCAACACACUAUGCCAGCGAUAAAGCUGAAGAAGGCAGCGGCAGAACACCAGGCAGAGAAGGAACGUGAAGAGAGGGAGAGGGAGUCCGAGGAAGUGAUGACGGUGAAGACUGUUCCCAGCACUGUCACCAUUAAGCCAAAGGAGGCCACCAUCGGAGGGAGUCUCAUGAAGGGUCUGGAUGCAAAUAUUCUCCUGGAGAAGAGAAAGAGAACAAUCCCUCCAUCAGAGCAGAAGCUUAUUGACUGGAUGGAAGCCAAUCUGGAGUCCAAGGAAGAAUGUCGUGUAUCACUCAACAGUCUGUAUGACUACUUUGGAGAGGCCUGUUCCUUUGAUGGGACGGCUGUGGUUGAUCAACCAAUGUUUAACAAGAGGAUCACUGACAAGUUUGGCAAGGCAUUUGCUCUGAAAGAAUCUUCACCAUACAAAGGCCUGAUCAAAGAAAAGAAGUCAAAAGGGAAAGGAAGUACAGUGAAGGCUGACACACUCAAGAUCAAAAUGAAGGAUAUCAUAGAAGAAGCCAUUAAAGAAGCAGGAAAUCCUGUUAAAGGCGUGAGAUUCUUUUCUCUGAAGCAGUACAUUGCAUGUAACUAUCCAGCUCUGAGAGUGGACCUGCGACCUGCGUAUCUCAAAGUGGCACUGGAACGUGGUGUCAAAUAUGGAUACAUACAGCUGGUGAGGGGAGUUGGCUUAGCAGGAUACUAUCGCUUACCUGUGGAUGAGGAGCCUGAUGAAACGGAAGAGAAAGCAGCUGAGAAGGAGGGUGAAGAAGCUGAGGGGGACAAGGACAAGCAGAAUGGAGAUCCUGAAGCUCCUGAAGGAGAUAAACCAGAGGAGGAUCCUGCAGCUGCUGCUCCGUCCAAGAAAAAGAGUCGUAAGAGGAAGGCCCCUGAAGGUGAAGAAGGGGGAGAAGAAAAAACUGAAGAAGGAGAAGAUGGAGAAGCCAAGAAAAAGAAGAAAAAGAAGAGCAAGAAGAGGAGGCCAAGGCCAGACAGCUACCAUGCUGCCCCCCUCAAGAUUGAAGACACCUUUGCCUUGGCUAUGACAUACAUGUGUGAACCCAAACAGACAUCGUUUGGGAAGAUUAAGAAGUAUGUCACCGAAAACUAUCCCCACGUGGAUACAGAGUCAGAACUGAAGUCUGCUAUGGAGAGUGGUGAGAGGAAGGGCUUCUGGGAACACAUUACUGGACAAGGACUGUCAGGGACAUUUCAACUCAUGAUCGAUGAGUUUGAUCCUAACAGCACUGACAACGUUGAAGACAUGAUAUGUUCCGCAAUCAUUGCUUGUAACGAGCCCAAGCAGGCCUCAUCGAACCUGCUGAAGAAAUAUGUGAUGGAGUUUCACCCAGACUUCAAUAUUCAGACUAGACCACAUCUCUUCAAGAUGGCUCUUGAAAGAGCUCUUAAAAAACAGAUGAUCAUCCAGCUGAGUGGUAUUGGUGCAAGUGGCAGCUUCCAGAUGUGGUCUCCAUUCACACCAACCCCAAGCCUCCUGGCCGGUGAAGAAGAUGACUAUGUGGAGACCGUCUUUACUGAGAAGGAGGAGCUAUACAUUCCACGGGGUACAAAGUCUCGGGGUGGUCAAUCUGUACGCAAAGCCCCUGCUGACAGGAGUCUUGAAGGCAGACCUAAACCAAAGAAGAGAGCAGCACCUGUCAACCGCUCUGCCAGUCAAAAGAAGGCAGCAGCUUCCAAAUCGAGGUCACCCGCAAAGUCAUCAUCAAGGAGCCGAGGGAGAGUUAGUGAUGCUGAAGAGAAAGAAGAAGAAGAAGAAGAAGCUGAUGACCAAGACGAGGAAGAAGUUGAAGAAGAUGAAGAUGAACCUCCUGCAAAGAAGAAGGCAAAGAAAGGUGGUAAAGCAAAGAAAGGAAAAGGCAAGUCCAAACCAAAGAAGAAGACAAAGAAACCGCUUAGCCGGGCUCAGGUUGCUGACAUAGAGGAAGAAGAUGAUGAAUCUGAGGGCAAAAAGAAAUCAAAGAGUCCACGUAAGGCCCAAACAGAAGCCAGUCCACGCAAGUCAAAAGCCCGACCUAGCUAUGCUGCAGAAGACGAUGAAGAUAUCAGUGAAGAUGAAGAAAGUUCUCCUCGCACUAAGGGUAGAGGAAGAGAGUCCACAAGUGCAGGGAGAAGGGCCAGUAAGAUUAAUUAUAAUGAAAAUGAGGAUGAAGAAGAAGAUGCUGAUAAACCAGAAUAUACACCAAGAAAAUCAAAAUCAAGAGGCGGGGAAGAUGAUGAUGAUGAAGAGGAGGAAGAGCCGAGAUCUUCGCCAAAGAAAAGAGGAAAGAAAAGGCGUUGAACAUUGUUACAAGAUCAUUUAUCAGUCGUCCUACAUAAUACAAAACCUAAAACUGACAAGUGAAAAUAUCUUCAGGGCUGAAGCAUGGUAUAACCUAUUUGUCUUGUAUUUUGAAAAUAUUUUCCUGCGACCUGAAAGAUUUAUUGGGACGUGUUUUGAAUGUGUUGGUACUUAGUAUUCUCAUAUUUUAAUAAACAGGAAUUUGUUACCAACAAUUCAUUAGGGCAUUUUUCCCCCCAAAAAGACAAACCCUUUAAGUUUAAAAAGUAAUAUGUUCGUAAUAAUAAUUUCAGUAAGCUCAUGUGUUGGGUUUGAUUUUUAAACAUUGUUCUGUUCAGGCGUGUAAUAUCUUUAGAAGUUGUGUUUACAUAUUUUUGCCUUUCUGAAAGUGCAGAUUAUUCAUCAUUGUGUAAUGCGAUUGUGUAGAGAUUAUUACAAUAACCUCGAUUCCUCUUAGCCCAUUGUACAUACCAUAUUCCCUUUGGAUGGGACUGUAUCUGUUUUCAUGGGUUUCUCACACAUCAAGCUGAUCCCUGUAAGCUUUCAUUUUCCAUCAUUCCCAUGUUGAUGAAGAAAGCACCAUGGUUUGCUGCUUGUACAACAUCAGUUUAAUAAUCCAUGUCUGAAUCAAGGCACCAAUCCUUGAUUUGAAUAUGACUCUAGACAGAAAGAAUCUAGAUAAAAAGGGCAGCAAUUUAAUCUCCAUCGCCGCGGCAAGUGAAGUAGAUUUCAACAUAAUCAUACUGUAAUUAUUACCGUUCAUGCAUUAGAAAUUUUUUAAACUGGUUUAGCUGUUGAUACGAAAGAACAACAUUUGAUUACUACUUCUUUUUAUUAUGUUUGAACCAUAUUAUUUUGCUUGUAUGUAUUGAAUAAUUGUCAGACAGUAUUAGUCAGCAAGUAAUAACAAUGUUAAACGGUGCUGGUGACGAUAUAUUUUACUGUGAAGUGUGAGACAGUUGUAGAAUACACUGGCAUGUAAGACUGAAGUUUAACUUCGAGCUUCUACUUCAUUGUUAAGAUUUUUUUAAGGGAACUGUUUGCUUUGGCUAGAUUGCUAUCAAUACUUACAAGCAAUGGGGACCCAAACCAGAAUUUAGUUUGAUAUGUUAUUCAUUUCAAGCAAAUAGCAACGUGGUUGUGGACUUUAUUUUGUUUACUGUUAAUGGUUUUAAUUUGGUUAAUGUACUGUUAUUCUGUUAUAUACAAUAAUGCAUGCAUUUCUUUCAUCAUUUAAAAUUUGUUUUAGAUAUUUGCCCAUAAUCAAAUUACAGCUAGUGAAUUUAACACUAGCAAUUUAUCAUCAAAAUGUAAAGAAAAUGUAUAUGACUUCCUGCUAUUGAAGAUUUUACAUGUACAGUGUCAGAUCAGUGCAUUGUUGAGUUUCAUGCUUUUGUUUUAAGAUCAUUUUAAUCAUUUUAACUUCGUAUAUUAUUGCAUUGAGGUAUAAAGAUAUUAAUCAAAAUAAGUUAUUAGGAGUUUUUAUGAAACAUGAAUAGUCUACACUGCAUAAUCAUAUGCAGGAGAGAUAUUUCAGUUACUGUUCACAAUGUAUUGUGCAACUGAAAAAAAGUACAUGGUGAAAACUGACCUCUACAAAAACAAUAUGCAUUGUUGGUAAUUUUACAUUUAUAAAUCCAAAGUUUUCAUGGAAUGUUGUAGAACUACAAAUACUCCUUGCUCCAUGAAUGUAUAGGUGAAUGCCUGGACUGUUGUUUGUGAAGCAUGUAUGUUUUAGAAGUUUUACUGGACUUUACCCCCCCCCUCUGUGUGUUGACACACAGUUUUAAUUGUGACAUAAAGACUAUCAGCAUUCUGAAAUUUAAAACUACACUGCUGAAUAUAUUUGUUAUGAGCUGUGGUUAAUAUUACUUUGAAUAUUGAGACAGCGUUAGAAAUUGGCACUAGUCCUGUAGUCCUUGCCAAAUUGCCCAAUAGUUAAAGUAUCCUAAGGACCGGUAGGAAUUUGCCAUUUUUAUGGGUUUUGCUAUGUUAUCAUUAUAAGGACUAAUAGACUAAAACUGUUAGUUUCUACCACUGUUGAGAUUGACGACGCUAUGUUUGAUAAUGUUAUAUCAGUUUUGAUAUCUUUGACCUGGAGAGCUGGUUUUCUGCAGAGAAUAAAUAUUGCACUUAAAUUCAACAAAUGUCAAAAUGGUUCCAGUUUGAGCAGUAUUACCAGGAUGCAGUAUGUUCCCACUAAGUUGUUGCAGUUUCAGUAUAGUACUACUUACUCUGUCUUUGCUGUCUGUGAGUAUUGAAGACAUUUUAUAUAUAAAUAUAUAUUGACCAUGUUUGCCUGAAACCGGUGAAUCAUAUGUACAAGAUCAAGAGACAUCAUCAUGGUUUUUGGAUAAAUGGAAAUUAACGAAAGUUCAGUGAGUUAAUGUUUAGUGUCGCAUCAGAAGUAUCUUGUCCAAGAAGCAACAGUUACCGUAAGUAACUGCGAUUGGAUGAGGGCAAGUCCAAACCCAAAUAUGAUGUUGGUGAUACAUUAUCAUUAUUAUGGAAGUUUUAAUGAAGGAAUCUGAAUCAUCAUUAUUUUAAUAGGAUCAUUAUUUGAUUAUAUAAGUUGUCAUCAUUCAACUUAGUUAUUCAGCAGAAGAUAUUCAUCAUAUGUUGUGCUUUGUAAUCCCACAUCUCAUUCACAGACUAUCAUCAACACAUUUUUGCAUUGUUCAUUGUGGUGAGGAGACCCAACUUGAUUCAUAUCCAUACUCCCACAGGCCAUGUUGAACCUUCCCCAUUACCUUAUUACAGGCAAUAAGAGUGCUCUCAUGUAUAAGCACAUGGGGUUAUUGUGAUUAUAUUGUAUGUAAUGGUAGGCUUCUGGAACAGGCUUUCUCACAGUGUACCUUGCUUUGUCACCAGACUUUGUCGAGAGUAAGCCGUAUUACACAAAGACUCUCAUGUUGCCAUCUGUAUCAACAUGGUUAUUGCGUUAACGUGAAUAUUCAUUUUGUGUAGUUGGCCUAUAUUUGCAUCAUAAUAGUCAUAUGAUAAUCAUGCGUUCAAUAAGAGGCUUUUGUAUUGAAAAAGCUGUACACCAAAUAUUGAGCUGUAGCCUAGGCCAGUCUUUUAUACUGUAUUUUGUUCUGUGGCAAAUUGGAUAAUUUUGUGUACAUUGAAAAAAAAUCAUGUCCAUGUAAAACUUAGAUUUUAGAUUUUUACCUAUUUGUGUUGUCUUUACACUGGUCAGUGGCAUUUUGUUGAGAACGUGGUCCAAAAGUGCUCCAUGUAAGGUGCUUUUUGACUGAUGACAAGAGCUUUUGAAGAUGUCAUACUCCAUAAUUAUAUGCAUUUAUCUUGUGUUCACAUCAUUGCCACAAUAAACUGUCUUUUCAGUCCA